GGAGGACCCUAGUACUUAAAAAGUACUUAACACUCAAACUUGGUGGAGGACCCUAGUACUUAAAAGUACUUAACACUCAAAACUUGGUGGAGGACCCUAGGACUUAUGAGGCCUUAACACUCACAAGCCGGUGGAGUAUCCAAGGAUUAUGAUCCUAAAACUCAUAGAUUAUGAUAUACAAAUAGGGACAAGGAGGAGUCCUAUACACUCAUAGGUAUAUGGGUGGGUUGGGGUUUUUAGUCAAGAAUAUUGACUAUUACUAUUUUUCCCAAAUAAAAUGGUGAUCUACGGAUCGGAUAUUUUCCAAGUAUAUAUGUAUAUACUAAUAAGUAUUUCAUAACUUGGGGGAAAGACUAUUUAUUUAAGUAUCACCCUAUGUUUGGGUCUUAUACUUGAAACGCUAGUUAUUCUAUAUUUAGCCUGCUACUCGCUCGGUAUUUGUACUGACCCCUUCGGGGGGCCCCACCAUUUUCAUGUUGAAGCUAGGGCUUGCUACUUGCACCUUCUCACGGGUGAUAUCAUAUCGGGAAGAUGUGGUUCGUGCUUCCUUAUUUUCUUUCAAACUACCAAACACUUGCUCAUGGAUAUUUGUUUUACUAUAAACUAUUUUUGGGGCUUGCAUGCCCAUGUUGUUGGCCGGUUGCAUGGUUUUAAAAGGCGUUUAGCCUUUACGCACUUGAGGCGCAAAGGCGCAAAGGCGGUCGGUAAUAGCCUGGAAGGCUUAAGCUUCACCUUCUGCUAACAAGGCUUACGCCUUAAAUUUGCUGAGGCGUUGAUGCGGACUGUGGGCGCAAGGCGUACACGAGGCGUUCGCCUCUAAUUUUACGCAAGGUUGGGCUUUUUUUUAAAAAGUAUAUCGGGGGCCUCAAAUUUUCUCUCCUAAAAUAUAAAAUACCUUGAUAUUUUAAUGCUUACCCACAGCCUUAGGUCUUCCAAAUUCCAAUCGAUGGUCUUUCACUCUUCUACGAGACUAGAUAUUAAAAAACUAGAAACAACGACUUGAAGAAGAGCUGCUGAAGCUCGGUACAGAGACUUCAGGAGUUGCUUCGCCGGUUCGUCCAAGCAAUAAUAAAAUAUCCCACCGCCCAACUUCUAUAAUUUCUUAUAGUGUUUAUUAUUUAACUUUUUUAUUUAACUUUUUAGUUAUUUAAAGGUUUUAUUUUGAGCUAUUUAAAGUUAUUAAAUAGUAUUAAAUUUCGUCCAACCUUUCUGAUCUUUAUGCGUUUGUCAUUUAACGUUACUAAUGUAAUUAUUAAGCCUUUUGUUUAAUCUGUAAAGUUAUCAUAUAAAACUAUCAUUUAACUUAAUAAUUUAUUUAUUUGUUUAAUACUGCGCACUUUACUAGUUUACUUGACUUAAGAUUUACAUUUUAAUUUGAAAUAUUAUAGUUAAGUUCAUUACAGUUUGGUUUUAUUUUUAUUUAUUUAUUAAAUUUGAUUAUCAAUCAUUAAUUUUUUUUUGUCUUGGAAGUUUAGUGUUUUUUAUAUUUCAUUUUUAUGCUAUUUUGACUUGAAUAUUUUAUUGUUAUGUUCUUUUUACUCGUAAUUUUGUUUAGUUGCAUUAUUCUUAUGGAUUAUCUAUACUAUCUGAUAUGUUGUACGCUUUUAGACAAUUAAAUUUGAGGCUUACGCCUCGUUACGCCUCGAGGCUUACGCCUCGUGAGGCUAUUGCCGAACGCCUCGGGGCUCGAUUUCGCCUUUCAAAACCUUGGCCGGUUGUGGCUCAUGACUUACCGUUGAAUAUUUCCGCUAUUCAUUGGUUUAAAUGUGAUGUUGUUAUGUAUGUUUACUACUGAGUAUGGAUGGAUUGUUUUCUCGAACGCCUUGUGUAACUAAGUGAGGUUGACUCGUGGGUGACAUCACUUAGUUAUACGGCGGUUGUACACGCGCUUGGAUUGCGGUUUGGGGCGUGACAAUUAAGUGGUAUCAGAGCCAUCUCAGUUCUAAACUAUAUAAUCAACCUCUCACAUAAGAUUUUAAAAAAGAGUUUUUACCGAAAACCAUGAGCAUUGUAUUUUGACGUUUAUAGGACUAUUGGUGCUUAAGUUGCAAGGCCUUUAAUUGUUAAGACGGUACCCUUAACAAUUGGUAUGGUGGUGACUUGGGUCAAUACGUGUCUAUAACGUUUUUCCGUCAAUUGACAUUCAUAGGAGUCUAAAGACUCGUCCAAAUUCCGUUUCAGAAAUGGAGGGUAAGCGAAAGGCAACAAGGAAUGACCCUAAGGGACAAGCGUCGGUAGCUUACCUUGAGGCUAGCCGGGCUGUGUCACGAGCCAUUACGGGGAGAGGAAUAGGCCAUGGGGUCCGUGAGGGCCGCCAAGCGGCAAGCGCUAAUCAAGUGGGCUCGAUGUGUAACAUGAACACCAGGAGGAACGAACGUAGGCGUCAGGCGAGGCGAGAUCGGGCCACCUCCCAACGUGAUAUGACUGUCAGCCAAACCCAUCCUUGGGCAAACGACCAAGGAGGAGAAAGCACUCUUACGGCACCGGCAUCACCGGUGAAAAAGAAAAGGACCUCAAGGUGGCAUACGUUCUUUCCGUACUCUUUCAGACCAUCCAAAUGUUCGAAUUGCUCUAAGAAACAUUUCGGAAAGUGCAACGAGCCCCCGAUGUGCUACGAAUGUGGGAGCACAACCCACAUGAAAUUAAGUUGCCCAUGGAGGAGGCAACGAGAGACAUCGCAAGCCAAGGAAGGGCUCACCGUGGAAGGAAACCAUACGGAACCAACGGCGAGCAACGCUACGUCCGUCAAUCAAGGCGGGGCCCAAGCACGAGACUACGCGAUGACCGAGGCGGAUGCGAGAGCAAACCCGGACUCCGUUGCAGGUAAUACACGUAUUCCCAUGUAUUUCUAGGCCUAUUUUGAUCAUAUACACCGUUGGGGGUUGAGUUCGGGCCACCCCGGGACCAAACGGAGCGAAAUUGGGCGAAAUCGGGCUGAUUUCUGCCAACGCACUACAGGCUGGGCUGCACGCACGGCCGUGCGUUGCCCGUGCGUACCUCCGUGCGUUGGUGGCAGUAGCAUCCCGGAGGAAAUCGCUGCACGCACGACCGUGCGUUGCCCGUGUGUACCUCCGUGCGUUGGUGGCAGUAGCAUCCCGGGGGAAAUCGCUGCACGCACGACCGUGCGUUGCCCGUGCGUACCUCCGUGCGUUGGUGGCAGUAGCAUCCCGGGGGAAAUCGCUGCACGCACGACCGUGCGUUGCCCGUGCAUCCCUCCGUGCGUUGGGGGCAGUAGCUCCAUUGGUAAGGCAAGGUACGCACGACCGUGCGUACCCCCUACGCACGCCGUGCGUGGACCCCUGGCACCCGAAACUUGAUUUUUCCGCCCCGUUCUUCUACGUUUGGACCCCCGUUUGAUUCCAAACAUUAGUAUGAACCUAAUAACAUCCUAAUGAUGUGUAAAAACAUUAGAAAAUGUAUCUUACAUGGUGUAUAAAGGUAGGAACAUUAAAGAUCAAUGGUAGGUGUGCGAGGAUCCUCAUCGAUACCGGGGCACAACGCUCAUUCGUGAGUGAGGCGUUCGCCGAGGGCCUUGACAUGCCAUUGACACCUAUGACGCAAGCGUUGCUAGUCUCCACACCGUUAGGAGACGACGUGGAGAGAGAUCAUUACUAUCCCUCGUGUGAGGUAGAAGUGACGGGUCUACCUUUGACUUGUGAUUUCGUACCUCUGAGCAUGUUGGAGUUCGAUGCAAUCCUAGGAAUGGAUUGGCUCGAGAAACACCAUGCUCGAGUGGAUUGCUACACCAAGGUGUUGGAGCUCGAGGAUGAUCAAGGGAAUAUGCUACGUUUUGAAGGAGAUCGGGGGAAAUCUAAUGCUUGUAUCAUAUCCGUGAUGAGAGCACGAAAGAUGAUGAGGAAAGGAUGCCACGCAUACCUUGCUUAUGUGGUAGAUGAUACGAAGAAAGAGGUCGACAUCAAGGAUGUUCGAGUCGUGUGCAAGUACCCGGACGUCUUUCCCAAGGACCUACCGGGGCUUCCACCCGAUAGAGAGAUUGAAUUUGUAAUCGAAGUGGAGCCGGGAACCAAACCCAUUUCGAUUCCUCCUUAUCGAAUGGCACCGGCCGAACUUCAAGAGUUGAAGGUCCAACUACAAGAACUAUUAGACAACGGGUUCAUCAGACCCAGCCAUUCACCGUGGGGAGCACCCGUACUAUUCGUAAAGAAGAAAGAUGGUACACUAAGAAUGUGUAUCAACUACCAACAGUUGAACAAGGUCAACAUCAAGAACAGGUAUCCCUUACCGAGGAUUGAUGACUUGUUCGAUCAACUUCGAGGGGCAACAGUGUUCUCAAAGUUUGACUUGAGGUCGGGGUAUCACCAGUUGAAGAUCAAGGAGAGUGACAUACCUAAGAGUGCAUUUCGCACUAGAUAUGGUCAUUACGAAUUCCUUGUGAUGUCGUUUGGUUUAACCAACGCACCGGCGGCAUUCAUGGACUUGAUGAACCGUGUGUUUAGUGAAUACUUAGAUCAAUUUGUGAUAGUAUUCAUUGACGACAUCUUGAUAUACUCCAAGAGCGAGGAAGAGCACGAACACCAUUUGAGACUUGUACUUGAUCGGCUAAGGGAAAGGCAACUCUUCGCCAAGUUCUCCAAGUGCGAAUUUUGGCUCAAAGAGAUUGAUUUCCUCGGUCAUGUCAUAUCCGGUUCAGGUGUUGCUGUGGAUAACGCCAAGAUAAAAGCGAUCAUGGAUUGGGAGAGACCCAGGAAUGCGAAGGAGAUACGUAGUUUCCUUGGCCUAGCGGGAUACUAUCGUAAAUUUGUGGAAAAAUUCUCCGUAUUGGUGUCUCCAUUAACGAAGCUCACAAAGAAAGGGGCCAAGUUCAUAUGGGACGACAAGUGCGAGAAGGGGUUCCUUGAAUUGAAGAAACGACUUACCGAAGCACCUGUCCUUGCCCUACCCAUACAAGGGAUAGGGUAUGACAUCUACAGCGAUGCUAGCAUCCAAGGGCUUGGAUGUGUACUAAUGCAAAACGGUAAGGUGAUUGCCUAUGCUUCUAGGCAAUUGAGGAAACACGAGGUGAACUACCCUACUCACGAUCUAGAGUUGGGGGCGGUAGUGUUUGCAUUGAAGAUUUGGGGGCAUUAUCUCUACGGGGAGACGUGUCACAUUUAUACUGAUCAUAAGAGCUUGAAGUAUGUAUUCACUCAGAAAGAGUUGAAUAUGAGGCAGAGGAGAUGGAUGGAGUUGAUCAAGGACUAUCAUCCCGGAAAGGCCAAUGUAGUGGCCGAUGCACUGAGCAGGAAGAGUACGUCGGGGACGCUACUCACAUGUCUACAGGCAUUGAGGGCACACGUGGAGGUAUCCACGAACGGGGCGCUCAUUGCUAGGUUCGAGGUCAGACCUACAUUGCUGGGUAAGAUCAGUAGAUGUCAGGCCAUUGACGAGGAGUGUCAGAAGAUUCGUGAACGAAUCAUUGAGGGGCCUGUUGAGAACUUUCGAGUACGUGAUGACGGUCUAUUAUUGUUUAAGGAUCGUGUGUGCAUACCAAAGAAUGAAGACCUCCAGAAGUCUAUACUUGAGGAGGCUCAUUCUUCAGCUUAUGCUAUGCAUCCAGGAGGUACAAAAAUGAACCGAGAUUUGAAGGAAAGUUACUGGUGGUCAGGUAUGAAGAGAGACAUCGCAGAGUAUGUGAGUCGAUGCCUUACUUGCCAACAAGUUAAGGCAGAGCAUCAGCACCCGGCAGGGCUUUUGCAACCACUUACCAUCCCAAAGUGGAAGUGGGAACACGUGACGAUGGACUUCGUGGUGGGGCUACCACGAACAGUGAACAACUACGAUGCAGUAUGGGUAGUGGUUGAUAGGCUCACCAAGAGUGCACACUUUCUGCCUAUCAACAUUACUUAUCCUCUUGAAAGAUUGGCCAAGCUAUACACGGAGGAGAUUGUGAGAUUACAUGGAGUCCCAAUAUCCAUUGUCUCGGAUAGGGAUCCACGAUUCACAUCCCGAUUUUGGCCAAAGUUUCAAGCGUCUCUGGGGACUAAACUGAAGUUUAGCACAGCUUUUCACCCACAGACCGAUGGACAGUCCGAACGGGUGAUACAGAUCUUGGAAGACAUGCUUAGGGCAUGUGCAUUGGAGUUCCAGGGAAGUUGAGACAAGCAUUGGGCCCUAGUGGAGUUUGCCUAUAACAACCGUUAUCAGGCAAGUAUCGGCAUGCCCCCAUAUGAGGCAUUGUAUGGGAGGAAAUGCAGAACACCGUUGUGUUGGGACGAGGUUGGCGAGGCCAAACUCGAAGGGAUAGAGCUGGUUGAGAUCACCAAGGCCAAGGUGAGGAUCAUUCGGGACAGACUGAAGACCGCUCAGGACCGACAGAAAAGUUAUGCUGAUAAACGGCGGAGACCGUUAGAGUUCGAAGUCGGUGAUGAGGUCUUCCUAAGGAUUUCUCCUUGGAAGGGCAUCAUUCGAUUUGUAUCAAGGGGAAAGCUUAAUCCCCGAUACAUCGGUCCAUUUGAAAUCCUUGAAAGAAUAGGGGCCGUGGCUUACCGUCUCAAGUUGACGCCUGAACUUGAGAAGAUACAUGACGUGUUUCAUGUAUCAAUGCUCAAGAAGUACAUACGAGACCCAUCUCAUAUUCUUGAGAGACCACCGGUAGAGAUCCGUGAGGACUUGCAAUAUGCAGUGGAACCAGUGAAGAUUGUUGGUCAACAAGUGAAGAAGCUUAGGAAUAAGGAGAUUCCUAUGGUAAAGGUUUUUUGGAGGAGUGAUCGAGUCGAAGAAGAAACUUGGGAGACCGAGAUCUCAAUGAGGGAGCAAUACCCAUUUCUUUUCGAUUAGAUACUUGGAUUUCGGGGACGAAAUCCCAAAUAAGGGGGGGUGAACUUGUAACACCGUCCCCAAAUAUAUUUACUUUUAUGUAAAUAAUGUAUUGAACCUUAUUAAAGGAUUAAUGAAUUUACGAGGUUGUAAAUUAAAGUUGGGAAUGUAUAUUCAUUAUACAUGUCAUAAUGAGUAAGAGCACAUAAUAUAUUUUAUUUGACCUGAUAAAAUAAAAUAUAUUUAAAACAGUCCGAAAAAUACAACUUUCGGGACCGAUUGUACACUUCGGGACAAAAAGGGUUGACCUCCCACAUGAGUGGGGGCCAACCCACGAAUUUGGACACUCAAGUGGGGUGUUGGCCGGCUGGUGGGAUAGGAAAUAGGGGGAGGGGAUUGUGAUAUGAGGGAAAUGGCAUCAAAGGUACCUAAAGUGGACCCUCAUUCUACACUCAUUGGAUUAAUGAGACAAAAGCUCAUCUCCACCCCUCUCUCCCCUCAUUGUCUCGGCCAAGCUACAGCAACCAAGGGAAAGGAACUCUCCUUCUUCCUUCCACCAUUGUUGAAGAGAGCUCACCAAGGAAGAACCACCCAAAAAGAAGCUAAAGUGCUAAAAGUGUGAAAUAGUUAAGGCACUUGUAAAGGGUAUCUCAAGUGAUUUCACAAAGUUGGAAAAGUCGCCGGAGUUUUCGCCGGAGUUGACCAAAAGUCGCCGGAGUUUCACCGGAGUUCAACCAAGAAGGGUAGAACUUCAUACGCUAGUUCAAGGUUGAAGCUAGGGCUUGCUACUUGCACCUUCUCACGGGUGAUAUCAUAUCGGGAAGACGUGGUUCGUGCUUCCUUAUUUUCUUUCAAACUACCAAACACUUGCUCAUGGAUAUUUGUUUUACUAUAAACUAUUUUUGGGGCUUGCAUGCCCAUGUUGUUGGCCGGUUGUGGCUCAUGACUUACCGUUGAAUAUUUCCGCUAUUCAUUGGUUUAAAUGUGAUGUUGUUAUGUAUGUUUACUACUGAGUAUGGAUGGAUUGUUUUCUCGAACGCCUUGUGUAACUAAGUGAGGUUGACUCGUGGGUGACAUCACUUAGUUAUACGGCGGUUGUACACGCGCUUGGAUUGCGGUCUGGGGCGUGACAUAAUCACUUAUAGUGCAUCCGACUCCAGAUCCAAAUGAUCUCAUCCCGCUAUCUUCAAUCAACUAAGGGCUUCCCGAACUAAUGCUAUUUGUUCUUAUUUUGGAGAGUACUCUCCUAGCAUGUGAGUUGCGCCACCAGCUAGGAAAAUCCCUUCGCAUGAUCUUUACUACCAAGCUCAGACUGGUACUGCCCCCCGCCUUUAAAGACUGCUGCAUCCGUGUUGAUCUUCACUCUACCCUCCCCCGGCCUCACCCAAACUGUAGAGGCCUGCAGUUGCCCAUCUGAUUUGCUCGCCAAACUGGUAGCAGCCCACCACCCCUGCUAAAAGUUACAGCCUCUGCAACAAUGCUCUUGGCCGGUGUAGGUACCUUCUACCACAGUACUUCAUUUCUGGCCCUCCAUAUUCCCCAGCACACCAUGAUGAACUUGCUGCAUCACUCAUCUCUGAAGCUAUGAAAAAUGUUUUCAAUCCACUCCAUAAAACAUGUCUCAUUACCAAUAUGAAAAUCCCAACCAACAGACUCACACUUGCUGCGCUAUCAGACAUAAUCCAAACACAUGAAGAAGAUUCUCCCUUUCCAGGAGACAAGAAGAACAUAACUGGGAGCACUUAACCCGUUUUAAUGCUAGCAAAUCCCUUGUCGGAAGACACCCUGUACAUACUUGCCAAAAGAAAGUUUUAACUUUCGGGGGAAUGUGUAGGUUCCACAUGCAUGCGGGUCCAGCCAUAACUAACAUCCGACACCACAUGUUGCAUCAGGAAUUUGUAGCUACUCUUCACUGAAUAACGACCGCCCUGUGCCCAGCGCCACACUACUUUGUCCACCACUUGCCUUUGAAUAACCGGUACUGCUAGAAUGAGCUCAUGGUGCCUGCUGUCAAACACAUCAACUAAUAGAUCUUUGUCCCACUCCCGCUGACCUCCGACCUACAUUAACUCAGCCACUCUACAAUGCUCCAAACCAUUAAGAUUAGAUAGGUGGGGAGAAAAAAGCAAAAUGGAAUAAAGCAAAAUAGUUCACUAAACUGUCUGCGCUUCUUUGUUAUGAAGUAGCAGUCAGUCUAUGCAACGAUUGACAUAAUUUUCAUCAUGGGUCAUCCGGAAACAGCCUCUUUGUGCUUUAAUACAAGGGUAUGGCUGCGUACAUUCGACCCCCCUUACCCCACCGUGGGUGGGAGAGCCUUUGUGGCACUGGGGUAAUGAUGAUGAUGAUGAGGUGGGGAUAAAAACUUUCAAAUUUCAAGCCUAAUCUGAAAUAUAUAUAUAAUUGACGAUGCCACGAUGGUGAUUUAACAUGAAAGAAAAUAAAACGGGUCAAUGGAGUUCACAUAUUCAGUAAUGUUACACUAAGCUUGUCUAUUUUGCAUAGCAAACUAGUGAAGAAUUAUUUCGUGAAAGUGUUGCAAUGUGUAGUUUAGAAAAUCAAAUCAUAACCGGGAAAAUCAUUCCUUAGCUCACAAGGCUAGUGCUUUACGAAGCAUAGAUGAGAAUUAUGAUAUCGGAGAGUGUGAGUACACUAAAUGACUAAAUUGAUAGCACUAAAAAAAAGAGGAAAAAUUACAGUGCAAAGGCCAAAAGGCUCUCCAAGAAGAGUGGCUAGGAGUGGAAGGCUACUCUAGGCAUAACUGGCAUACUAUGAUGCCUCAGACAGCUUUGAUCAUUCAGAUGAUUCUUUUUUUUUCGGACGAUUUUUUAGGGCAUGCAACUGAAAGCGAUCGUCGCCCCCGUUAUCAAACGAGGAAGAAAUUAAGAAUUCAAAAUGCAACAAAUCCAUUUGCCGAAAAUCAAAGUUGGUAACACAGAAAACUGUCUGCCAACAGAAAACCUGAACACUCAAAAAUCUCAGAAAAAAAAGACGGCACAACAUGAGGACCAGAUCACAGUCUCUAGAGAUUUCCCUUGGGUCUAAUUUUUGUCUUUAUAUUUUUCCUUUCUUUUCUGUAUUUUUUUCUUUUUUAUUUUAUUUUUCUUCUUGCACUGUAAUUUUUCCUCUUUUUUUGAAUAAAAUCGUGUGUGAAACGUUUUAAAAAAAGUGGAAGAGAUUGAAGUUAGGAGAGGCGGUAAAUUGCCAUAUCUUGCACCCCGUGGGAGAUGGAAAAAAGGGAGGUCUAUGACCGAGCUUCAAUUCAAUAUUCGACGAAAUUUUUAAUUAAAAUCAUGGAUUCCAUCAAAAGGAAUGAAAGUAAUAGCUUACACGAUGUAGAGUAGAUGAACGAACCCGGGCAGAAGGAACUCGGGUGUUGCGCUUCCCUCCUCAGUGUCUAAUCUAGACAAACUGUUGUAAUGGUUUCGAUCUGCUAGACAUGAAGGAAGAAGCUGAUGUGAGUGACACUAUAAACGGGAGGAUGUCAGACGUUUUGUUGAUAAAAGAAACGAAGGAAAGACUGUACACUUAUGUAUUUGGAGAAGAUCUGGGGCCUUUUGAAAUCGAG